GUCGCCGGUGCUUCUUGGCCAAGUUAGGAGGCCGCCUUUUCGGAAACGGUGCAUUUGCGAGUCCCCGUUUUUUCCAGUACUGCAUGCCAGCCAGCGUACGGCGUGCGUGUGUGUGUUGCCCUAACGGUUACCAAAAUGUGGGCGAAGCAUGUGCGAUAAAUAGAAAGAGAUAGAGCGAGCGAAAGAGAGAGAAAGAUAACCGUGAAAGUGAAAUAACCGAAACGUGCAACUCCGUAUCUGUUCGUGCAACAGAUGCGGACGUUGGUUGUUGCCUGAAGACCUCAACGACCGAACCAAAGCGAAGAACAAAAGCCAACAACCGCCCCCCCCUUAUAAUCAUCACCCCUCCUUCCCCCCCUUAAGUGAUAAAAGCCCCAAGACGACGUCCAAGAAGAAGCAACAGCCGCAGCGGCCGAAGGCGUCGUCCAGCAGCAGCAGCAUGUUCAAGUGCAUUCCAAUCUUCAAGGGCUGCAACCGGCAGGUGGAGUUUGUGGACAAGCGCCACUGCUCCCUGCCGCAGGUGCCCGAGGAGAUACUCCGCUACUCGCGCACCCUGGAGGAGCUCUUCCUGGACGCGAAUCACAUCCGCGACUUGCCCAAGAACUUCUUCAGAUUGCAUCGCCUGAGAAAGCUGGGCCUGAGCGACAACGAGAUCAACCGCCUGCCGCCGGACAUCCAGAACUUUGAGAACCUCGUCGAGCUCGAUGUUUCACGCAAUGACAUACCCGACAUUCCCGACGACAUCAAGCAUCUGCAGAGCCUGCAGGUGGCCGACUUCAGCUCCAAUCCGAUACCCAAGCUGCCCUCCGGCUUCUCCAAGCUGAAGAACCUCACCGUGCUGGGCCUGAACGACAUGUCGCUCACCACACUGCCGGCGGACUUUGGCAGCCUGACGCAGCUCGAGUCGCUGGAGCUGCGCGAGAAUCUGCUCAAGCACCUGCCCGAGACAAUAAGCCAGCUGACGAAGCUGAAGCGCCUCGACCUGGGCGACAACGAGAUCGAGGACCUGCCUCCCUACCUGGGCUACCUGCCCGGUCUGCACGAGCUCUGGCUGGACCACAACCAGCUGCAGCGCCUGCCCCCGGAGCUGGGCCUGCUGACCAAGCUGACCUACCUCGACGUCUCCGAGAACCGGCUGGAGGAGCUGCCCAACGAGAUCAGCGGCCUGGUCAGUCUCACGGACCUGGACCUGGCCCAAAACCUGCUGGAGACCCUGCCCGACGGCAUUGCCAAGCUGAGCCGCUUGACGAUCCUGAAGCUGGACCAGAACCGCCUCCAGCGAUUGAACGACACGCUGGGAAACUGCGUGAACAUGCAGGAGCUGAUACUGACGGAGAACUUCCUCUCGGAGCUGCCGUCCUCCAUCGGCCAGAUGACCAAGCUGAGCAACCUGAACGUCGACCGGAAUGCUCUGGAGUACCUGCCCCUGGAGAUUGGCCAGUGCGCCAACCUGGGCGUGCUCAGCCUGCGCGACAACAAGCUGAAGCGACUGCCGCCGGAGCUGGGCAACUGCACGGUGCUCCAUGUGCUGGACGUGAGCGGCAACCAGCUGCUGUAUCUGCCCUACUCGCUGGUGAACCUCCAGCUGAAGGCCGUGUGGCUGUCGGAGAACCAGUCGCAGCCGCUGCUCACCUUCCAGCCGGACACGGACGCGGAAACAGGAGAGCAGGUGCUGUCCUGCUACCUGUUGCCCCAGCAGGAGUACCAGCCCAUUACGCCCGACUAUCCACCCAUGACGCUCUACAGAUCGAGCGAAAAGUUCGACUCGACGGAGUUCUACAGCUAUCAGCAGAAAGCCCGCGAUCUGGAAUCCGAUUCGGAGCCGUUUGAGGAGCGCGAACCAUCCCGCACGGUGGUCAAGUUCUCGGAGGAGGCCACCCAGGAGAAGGACACACCCUUCGUGCGCCAAAACACGCCGCAUCCCAAGGAUCUCAAGGCCAAGGCGCAGAAGCUGAAGGUGGAGCGUAGUAGGCACGACGACAACCUGGUCAACCUGGUGACGCUGCCGGAGGAGAACGGUACGCGGUUAGCCGAGACACCAACGGAGACACGAACCUUGGUGAAUAACAGCCUCCAACAGCCAGCUCAGCCGGUACAGCAACCGGUUGUUGGUGUAGUUUCCCCAACAGCCACAGUCGCACCACCAACCACAAUUCUACCUGGUGGUUUGGAGAACAAUAACUCGAAGGCGACUCCACCAGCAGUGGUGGCAACUGAGCUGGCCACCACUGUGCCUGCUGAAGAAAAUCAAGAAGAAGAUGAGCAGGAUGAUGAAUUCGAAUCCGAUCGCCGUGUGGGCUUUCAGGUGGAGGGCGAAGAUGACGACUUUUACAAGAGGCCUCCCAAGUUGCACAGAAGGGACACUCCCCACCAUUUGAAGAACAAACGUGUUCAGCAUUUAACCGACAAGCAGGCCAGCGAGAUUCUGGCCAAUGCCUUGGCCUCCCAGGAGCGCAAUGACACCACUCCCCAGCACUCGCUGUCGGGCAAAGUGCAGUCCCCCAUUGAGGAGAACGCCGAUGCCGAGCAGUUGGAACUGGAGCAAGAGCAGGAGGAGGAACAGAAGCAGCAGAAGCGUCCUUUUGACACAUCCCUGUCGCCCAUUCCGGCCGGGAAGCCGGAAACUGCCACCGAGCAAGAUAACCUAGACGGCGUUACGGAGCUGCGUUUGGAGCAGUACGAGAUCCACAUUGAGCGCACUGCCGCUGGACUUGGUCUGAGCAUUGCCGGGGGCAAAGGUUCCACGCCCUUCAAGGGCGACGAUGACGGCAUCUUCAUAUCAAGAGUCACCGAAGCAGGUCCCGCGGACCUGGCCGGCCUGAAAGUGGGCGACAAGGUGCUCAAGGUCAACGGUAUAGUUGUGGUGGACGCCGAUCACUACCAGGCGGUCCAGGUGCUGAAAGCCUGCGGCGCCGUGUUGGUGUUGGUGGUGCAGCGCGAGGUGACACGCCUGAUUGGACAUCCGGUGUUUAGCGAGGACGGCAGUGUGUCGCAAAUCUCGGUGGAAACUCGUCCCCUGGUGGCGGAGGUGCCUCCCUCGGCGGCGGUCAGCCAUGAGCGUUACAUCCCGGCCCCCAUUGAGGUUGUGCCACAGCAGCAGCUGCAGCAGCAGCUCCCUCCUGUUCAGCAGGUGGCUCCUGCUCACACCUACACUGGCAACGUGUUUGCCACGCCCACUGCCGCCCCAACAGCAGAGCCGGCAGCCACGAAUGGAUUACUAAAUGGCAGGGAGGCGCCGCUGAGCUACAUCCAGCUGCACACGACGCUGAUCCGCGACCAGAUUGGCCAGGGCCUGGGCUUCAGCAUUGCGGGCGGAAAGGGCUCCCCGCCGUUCAAGGACGACUGCGAUGGCAUUUUCAUAUCGCGCAUCACCGAGGGUGGCCUGGCGCACCGCGACGGCAAAAUCAUGGUUGGCGACCGGGUUAUGGCGAUUAACGGCAACGACAUGACGGAGGCCCACCACGACGCAGCGGUGGCCUGUUUGACGGAACCGCAGCGCUUUGUGCGCCUGGUGUUGCAGCGCGAGUACCGCGGUCCUCUGGAACCGCCAACCAGCCCGCGCAGUCCCGCCGUCCUCAACUCGCUGAGUCCUUCCGGCUAUUUGGCCAACCGCCCAGCCACUUUCGGACGAGCCGUGGGCGAGGUGGAGCAACCCUACAAGUACAACACCCUGGCCACCGCCACGCCCCCUGCCACACCAGCUGGCAGCACUGGCCUGAACAACAACAACAACACGCUGCCAAGCAGCAAAACAAACGGAUUUGCUGCCGCCACCGCCACGAUAGACAAGGCCACGGGUCAGCCGGUGCCGGCUCCCCGACGCACCAACUCCGUGCCCCUGGGCGAGCAGGAGGGUGCGCCCAACGGGGCGGCCUCGACAGCCAGCGGCGACUCCGGGGAGGCGCAGCCCUCCUCGCUGCGCCCGCUGACCAGCGACGAUUUUCAGGCGAUGAUACCGGCACACUUCCUCAGCGGCGGCAGUCAGCACCAGGUGCACGUGGCGAGGCCCAACGAGGUGGGCGUGAGCGCCGUUACGGUGAACGUUAACAAGCCGCAGCCGGAUCUGCCCAUGUUCCCGGCGGCACCCACCGAACUCGGCCGCGUCACCGAGACGAUCACCAAGUCCACGUUCACGGAGACGGUGAUGACGCGCAUCACCGACAAUCAGCUGGCGGAGCCCCUGAUCAGUGAGGAGGUUGUCCUGCCCAAGAACCAGGGCUCCCUAGGAUUCAGCAUCAUCGGCGGAACGGACCAUUCCUGUGUGCCCUUCGGCACUCGAGAGCCCGGAAUAUUCAUCUCGCAUAUUGUUCCUGGCGGUAUCGCCUCCAAGUGCGGCAAGCUGCGCAUGGGCGAUCGCAUUUUGAAAGUCAACGAGGCGGAUGUUUCCAAGGCCACGCAUCAGGACGCUGUCCUCGAGCUGCUGAAGCCCGGAGAUGAGAUCAAGCUGACCAUCCAGCACGACCCCCUGCCGCCAGGCUUUCAGGAAGUGCUCCUCAGCAAGGCGGAGGGCGAGCGCCUGGGCAUGCACAUCAAGGGCGGGCUGAACGGGCAGCGCGGUAAUCCCGCCGAUCCCUCCGACGAGGGCGUCUUCGUGUCUAAAAUUAACUCGGUCGGUGCGGCCAGACGGGACGGAAGGCUUAAGGUUGGCAUGCGAUUGCUGGAGGUGAAUGGACACUCCCUGUUGGGAGCUUCGCACCAGGACGCGGUCAACGUGCUGCGCAGCGCCGGCAACGAGAUUCAAUUGAUUGUCUGCAAGGGCUACGACAAGUCCAAUUUAAUUCAUUCCAUUGGCCAGGCCGGCGGCAUGAGCACUGGCUUUAACUCGUCUGCAUCCUGCAGCGGUGGCAGUCGUCAAGGCUCCCGUGCCUCGGAGACGGGCUCUGAACUGAGCCAGAGCCAGAGCGUGUCCAGUCUGGACCCCGACGAGGACGAACGCCUGCGACAGGACUUCGAUGUGUUCGCCUCGCAGAAGCCAGAUGCACAGGCCACGAUUCAAACCGGCCUGGCAGCUGCUGCUGCCCUGGUGCACGGAGCCGCCUCACCGACGCCCACCAGCACCCCCAUUCCGACUGCCGCGCCAGUGGCAUCCGCGGACUCGGACACGCCAGCUGCCCAGACCGUGGCGCUCAUUCACGCAGAACAGGCCCACCAGCAGCAGACGCAGCUGGCGCCGCUGGGCCAGGAGAAGAGCACGCAGGAGAAGGUGCUGGAGAUUGUUCGCGCGGCCGACGCCUUCACCACCGUGCCACCAAAGUCGCCAUCGGAACAUCCCGAGCAGGACAAGAUACAGAAGACGACGACGGUUGUCAUAUCGAAGCACACGCUCGAUACGAACCCGACCACACCGACGACCCCGGCAGCUCCACUACCCAUUACGGGCGCGGAGUCGGCGACCUCUGGCACUGCUCCCGCACCCGCUCAGGCUCCAGCUCCAGCUCCAUCUCCAUCUCCGGCUGUAGCCGUGCAGACACAAACGCAGGAAACGGAGAAGGACGAGGAGGAGCACCAGCUACGGCAACGAGGCACCCAGACGCCGGAUCGCCUAGCCCCGGGCUCCCGGUACUCCUACCAGCAGAUGCUGGAAAGCCAGGAGGAUACUCGCAGCUCUGGCAGGGCCACCCAAACGCAGCCCAAGAAGGCAGAGCCUGUCUACAUCAUAGACGACGAUGAAGACGACGACGAUGACUACGAAGACCACCACCAGAAGGUGGACGACAUUGACGCCAUCCAGGAGGAGGAUGAGGACGAGACUACCGAGAGCUCUCCGCCCCUGGAUCUCCAGUCGCCGCCCUCCUAUGCCGACACCGAUUCCGACUGCUUCGAUCGUCCGCGACGUGGACGUUACACCAGCGACUCGGAGAGCGACUGCCGGCCGUACAAGCCCUCGAGGUCGGGACGCAGCACUCCGGAAUACGGCGGAGGUCAUCGCAAGUCCGUGAGCUUCGACCUCAGUGGCGACGAGCGCUCCAGGUCUGACUAUGAGAGAUCUCGCUCCCGCACUCCAGAUGGCUAUUCCCGUGCCUACGACUCUGAACAGGACACCAGGUCGGGACGCAGCCGCCUGCCGCGCAAGGGAAUCCUCCGAGCCACCAGCCCCUGCUCCACCCUGGAGAAAGCCGAGCCCAUUGUUCCAGCUGUAGCCCGAAUCCGCGAGGUGGAGUCUCCGCAAGUGCAGCGCGUUUCCCGAGCCACUUCCCCGGAGCGGCCUGGCGAGAUUGAGCGCGAGAAUCCUUUCCGACAUCCCUUGGCCGAGGACGAUGAAUAUACGCGGGUAGCCAAGGAGAUCAGCAAGUCGCCACGAUCACCGCGCACCACCCGAGAGCAGUUCUUCUUUGGAAGCUCGCGCUCUAGUGAGGACCUCCUGGAGCAGUCCCAGUCGCAGUCUAGUGGCCGCAGCACGCCCAACACGGUGAUCUCCAAAUCCACGGAGAACUUGACGGGCACCCGGCCGAAGGUGCCGCCUCCAACGCCCCCAAAGCCCCAGCUAAAGAAAGCCGAUCUGGUCCGCAACGUGGCCCUGGAAACCUUCCAGGCCAGCGACGUGGGCCAGGGUGACUUUACGGUCUUCGAGCACGACGCCAGUACGAAUACCAUCCAUCCGGUGGAGGCCAAGUUGCCCGUUAGGGUGGUGACCAAGUCGAAGCCCAGUCGGCCCAGGGAGUCACCUCCGCCGCCGCCCGUUAACUUCGCCACCCUGCCGAAGCUGCCCACCACGCCCACUCUGAGAGAGGAGGAGUCCCUGUACAUGGAGGCGCUGCCGCCCACACCCUCCCAGCUGCGGCCGCACGACUUUGUGCACGAGAACUCGCCGGACAACAUCCUGGUGACACCGCAGGAGCACCGCGAGUACCUGCUUCGGGAGAACGAGCUGCGCAACCAGCUGCGAGCCCCCUACGAACCCGCACCACCGAUUCCGAUUGCGGGUGACGGAUAUUCGUCAACACCUGCCGAGGACGAGCAGGCCCCUGCAACGAAAGCAACCCCAACUAAAGUGCCCAAAUCGGUUUCUGAUAAGAAACGUUUCUUUGAGUCUGCCAUGGAGGAUCAGCACAAGCCGACACAAAAGACAGAGAAAGUUUUCUCAUUCCUGUCGAAGGAUGAGGUGGAAAAGUUGCGCCAGGAGGAGGAGAAGAAGAUUGCAACACUGCGCCGUGAUAAGAAUUCCAGAUUAUUGGAUGCCGCCAACGACAAUAUUGACAAGGAUGAGGCCAGUCGGGCCGAUAAGCGGAGGGAUAAUGACGCCAACAGCAAUAGCAGCGGCGAGGAUAACGAUGGCAGCGACCGGGACGAGGAGGCAGCUCGAGGGGAUGCCGUUGACAACGCCGCUCUGGGGCGUUACGAGGAUGCGGAUGCGGAGGACAUGAGAACCGCACAAAGUCUGGCGCAGACAACGCCGCACGCCCCCAGCAAAAUUCCCAAGCAGAAGCAGCCAAAGAAGCAAAAGGAUCCGGAACCGGAGCCGGAGCCGGCCAAACCCAUUGAGGCCGAUCCACCCAAGCCUUCGCUGCUGCCCAAGCCAAAGGUCAAAGUUGUUAUCCCGCCCGCUCUGCAGCAGCGCCUUAAACAGCAACAGCACAAGGAGCUGAAGCCGCAGCAGUCUCCUCCUGCCGAGGAGCCCACGAUUCCCGAGGAAGAGGCUCCGCUUCGAACUUUGCCCGAGCCAGAGGACUCACAGUCCGCCCCCGGAGGCAGUCGCAUUCCAGUGCGAACUCUGAAAGCCGAGCGCCGCGCCCUGGCAGCUGCCGCCCGCCAAUCCGGGCUGAGGGUGGAGGAGUAUCUCCGGCAGCUGGAUAUGGAGGAUGGCACUUCGCCGCCCACCACACCCACCACGCCCACAACACCCACGUCGGGCAAGAGCCGGGCCAUGAUUAAUGCCGAGAAGCGCGCCUCGUGGCGAGCAGCUCGUCUUCGAUCCCUGGAGCAGGGCGCCGUGGAGGCCCAGGACGUGAUCAAGAACAUGCGCAAGAUGACCGACGAUCUGAUAACCCACGAGGCCAAGGCCAGCGAGGCUCAGCCGAAAAUAGUCUUUCCCAAAAUUGCCAUAAAAUCGAGCGACGGUCCAGUCAUCGUGCGCGAACGUGAGAAAAUCCUCGAUGAGAAGAUUGUGCGCCGCACUGAGGAGGUGCCCUGCCCCAUUACGGGGCGACCUCAACUGCGCACUGUCGAGUACAUCGAGAAAAUCAUCGAGACGGAGGUGGAGACUUGCAAGGAGCGCAUCAUAUCCUUGGAGCUGCAGGUGCCCGAAUCCGAGGAGGGGACGCUCGAUGACACCCAACCGCCGCUGGAGCUACAAGACGAAGAAGACGAUGAUUUCGAUGAGGAGGACGAAGACGAUGACGAGGACUAUGAGGAGGAGGAGGAAGACACUGCCUCCAUUGUCACCGUCCAGGCCAACAACGAGAAGUUGUUCCUGCGCCACGACUCGGACACCUAUGGUCCCUCGUCCAUCGAGAGUUCGGCAUCCGGCAAGGUGCGCAUCAAACCUGCGCCCCUGUCCCUCCACCAAACACUGGCCAAGGAGACGACAAUUGUCGAGGUGCUGAACCCAGUUAUAGGGGGCGAUGGCACUCCGCGCACCAUCCACGUGAGUGGCAGGGCUCCCUUUGACGAUGACUAUGACGAUGACGACGACGAGUCCUUCGAACAGGGGGCGGUGGCUGUUCUGCGCAGCGAAACUUUUGUGCUGCCCGCGGGCGCCGGAGGCGAAAGGUCUGAGCUGUCAUUAAAUGCAAAAAUGAAAACCGUGCUCGAGGAGCUGCUGGAGAACGAGCGCGUUAAAUUGAAUUUGCAGAAGAGCCUCGAGGGGGAGGAGGAGGAGGACGACGAGGGCAGCAGUGCCUAUGGCGACGCGCGCGACGAUGUGGAGAGCGAUGCCGCCUACGGGGAUGCCGUCGAUGAUGUUGUUGACUUUGGCCGUGCAACUAAUGACCAGGACGAUGCCAAGAAUGGCAAUCAGCAGCUGCUGGAGGAGCUGAUAAAGGACAGCAACCGCAACACAAUCAUUGCUAAAUUGGCGGGCCAAUUGUCGGACGAUGAUGAUGAGGAAGAGGACGACGACGAGGAGGAGAGUAGCGACUCUUCUGACGAGGAGAGCGACGACUCCGACGAGGAGGAUAAUGCCGAAGAGCAGCUUAACGUCACCUAUGUGCAGGGCGCCCAGGUGAUCGAGAAUCUCAACACGGCGGCGGCCACUGGUGGCGGCAAGCUGCACAAGUCCCAGACCUACACCGCCAUCAAGCAGGCCGAAGAAGAGGCGGCAAAGGAGCUGGAUGCGGAAGAGGAUGAAGCCGUAUCCGAGCCUGAGAGGGGUCCAUGUGGUUCCCAUACUCUGGCCCAGCUCCAGGCCGAGCAACGGGCGCUGGCCGAGAUCUCAAAGCAGCUGCGCAAAUCCGUGGAGGACUUGCUCAGCGCCGAUGGUGGCACUGUGGUGGAGACACAGCGCACCUACACCCUUCCGGCGGCCAGUGACAGUGCGGCCGUGGUCACCGUCACCGAGGUGAUCAAGAAGCAGAAGCAGCGAAAGGGCGAGUCUGGCGAGGCCAUCUUCAACAGGCUGCUGAGCGGCGAUGGGGCGGCGGAGCGUCAGGUCUUCGAUCGGCAGCAGGGCGAGACUGUCACCACCACGACCACCACAACAGAGGCUGUCAGUCCGGAUGACAACGACCAGCCGAGCACCAGUGUGGUGACCACCACCACGCGGACCGUGUCGAACAUUGUUACCAGUGGCAUUCCCCGGCCCGAGACCAGCAAGCCGGGCAAUCGCAACGGGAACGGCAAUGGCAACAAUAAUAACCGCAACAAGAACAAGCGAAAGGGCAAAAAGAAGUAAAGUGGCCGGCAAGCUGGUUAGCUGGCAAGGCUACAGAUAUUGCGUAUACGCCGUGUGGUGGGUAUCUGAGAUCCAAGCAAACACGCACGCACAAAGUACAGAAAUACGCACACACCUAAAUAUAAAAAAACAGCCCACAUAUCAGCGUGUUGGCCAGUUCUCUACCAUUAUGUACCCACUAACUGUAUACAUAUGUAUAUACAUAU